AUGCUUUUGCAGUUGCAGUUGCAGUUGCUGUUGCUGUUACCACCGCUUCCGCUGCUGCUGCUGCUGUUGCCGUUGCUGCUGUUGCUGCUGCCAGAGCCCCUUUUUACACACGCCAGCCCGUUUGACAUUGGAUCAUUAAUCAUUCGCUUUAGCUCGCCCGCUAUGCGCUUUAUGCCGGCCUGUCAAGCCGACAGUCUGCAAUUCAUGCACUUCGGCUACAUGAAACCUGACAGCUCACAGAGCAACCAUUCAGCAUCGGUACGUCGCUCAAUUCGUGCAUUCGGACAGAAAAUGAUUAAUCUAAGGCCCGGCUGUCAGUGGGCUGCCAUCAGCUCACGGAUGAAUAUAUGUCAACCCCUUUGUCCGUCCAGAUGUUCGGGGCUAAAACAGCUACGUCUGGACCUUCACGAACUGGACUCCGGGUUUGCUGAAAGUCAGCUCUUCUAA